AUGGCUGAAGAGGCAGUCGCCAACAAGGUGAAGUGCACCUACAUCGGCUGCAAACUAGUCUUCAAGUCAGAAAAAGAGAUGAAGCACCACAAGAAGUUUGACUCUGAGCACGCAUAUUGUGACGAGUGUGAGGAAGACUUCGAAGACGAGGAGCGUCUUCUCAUCCACAAGAUCAAAAGCGUCAAGCAUAUCGUCUGUCCUGUAUGCGGCAUCGACUUUGGCAGCGAUGGUGGCCGCAACUCCCAUAUUCGUCAGAACCACCACUCCCUGCAGGUUAUUCCUUGCCACGGUUGCAAAACUACAUUCAAAUCCGCCAGCGGUCUGAUGAGCCAUAUCGAGAAGGAUGAAUGUCCCACCAUCCGCUCCGUUCAUCUCCUCCAGGAGCAGUCGAAGAAGAUGAUGAUCAGGGAGGCUCUAGGUGCCGGUGAGGGAGUGAAUAUGCCGAUUAUCCCUCCCCAGGGUACCUUGGAGGAUACCGAGUUUGAUGAUGCUGAUGGUGGCGUCAUGCUUGUGACCGAUGAGGCGGCAAGUCGUGUAUUGUCGAACAGAGAAGCUCUCAGCAACCAGCCGAAGCCUGGUCAGGAUGACCCCACUGCUAGUGUUUCGGCGAUGCUUGCUCUGAAGCACUGGCCGACCUUGGAUGGAAAGGCUUCCAAGGGAAAGAGCCUUGCGCCUAGUGAACUGUUGGCUUUCUCCGACUUGAGCAUCUCCGCCGCGACAGGCAAAGAAAACAACUCUUGGAAAGGAAAGGAGCCUGUCAGAUCUAUUCCUGACGGUGUGUCAACGCAACGUCCCUUCGGUAUUGGACCAGUUCGCCCUGGAGACACACUUCGCAUGCUUGAUCGUGCAUGGGACGCUACCAAGUUCUUUGAUUCAUUCACGGGCCAAUUCGUGUGUCCCUGUAAAAAGGGCUUUUCCACCAUGACCGAAUUUGAAAACCAUGUCCUAAUGAAGAGUCGCAUGAUGGAAGAUAGACAGUGUCCCGGAUGUCUGCGCUUUUUCAAAACUACUGCUGCUUUGGUCGCACAUCUCGAAUCGCCCAGCACUCGUUGCAACCUCAGUGACGGUGAGAGAUACGGUCAGAUAUUCGAAGAAAUUACUGGCGGACUUAUCCAGACGGCGGGGUAUACUGAAGAUGGCAGGAUCAAGUAUGAGGCUGGUAAGUUGGAAAUAACCGAUGGCUUGGGACCUGCUACAACCACCGUCGGUACGGAUCUGCGUCUGCGUCCUCAGCGCCGCAAGUUCUAG